GUCUUCAAUUUAGGCACCUCUAAAGUGAGUACAGAGCCUCGCACGAGUCAGACACAUAAUAUAAAUUACUGGCUGGCCGGUUGAAUAAAUGAGUGGAUGAAUAGUGACAUGAAAGAAAAAGCUGAUAUAUCUUAAGGAGGGGUUCAGUGUCAGGCAGAGGGGUGAGGCCAGCACCAGAGGGCUGGGUUAUGGCCGCUGGAGACAAAUGUCUGUGUCACACAACCAGGGGUUAGCAUCACACAGAUGGGAGGGGUCACUGUCCUGAAGGUAGUAGUUUAGAGAAGGGCCUGAUUUCAGAGUUUGACAAAGGGUGGACCAGAGAGGAGCGGGCUGGGAAACACUCUGAGCUCCAACAUCUCUCAGAUUAGCUCUCCUCUCCAUCCUUUCCAGAGACCCUGAGCUGAACUUCAUCCUUUGAAAAGGCUUUUGACAUCAAUAUGAAGUUUAUCCUCUUCUGGGCUCUCUUGAACCUGCCUGUUGCUCUGGCUUUUGAUCCAGAUUACCUAAAUGGCAUCACUCCCCCAUACCUGGUCUACUUGAAAUCUGAUUACCUGCCCUGUGUUGGAGUUCUGAUACACCCCCUUUGGGUGAUCACAGCUGCACACUGCAACUUACCAAAGCUUCAGGUGAUGUUGGGGAUUACAAAUCCAUCAAAUGACAAUGAAAAGAAUAUUCAAGUAGUUGGCCAUGUGAAGAUGAUCCAUCAUCCAUACUUCUCAAUCACUUCUAUUGAGCAUGACCUCAUGUUAAUCAAGCUGAGAGAAAGUGUUGAACUCAAUGACUAUGUGCAACUGGUCGACCUGCCUGAAGAACCUGUCCAUGAAGAAACCAUGUGCAUGGUCUCCACGUGGGCCUACAACCUAUGUGAUGACUCCAAGGGGCCUGACUCACUGCAGAAUGUGAACAUCUCCAUAAUCUACAGGAGUGAGUGCCUCGAGGCCUAUAAAACUUACCGGAUCCAAGAAAGUAUGCUGUGCCUGGGCAUUGUUCCAGGAAGGAGGCUGCCCUGCAAGGAAGUCACAGCCGCCCCAGCAGUCUGCAAUGGGGUACUUCAAGGAAUUUUGACUUUUUUAGAUGGAUGUGUUUUGAGAGCUGACGUUGGCAUCUAUACCAGAAUCUUUAAAUACAUGUCCUGGAUUAGAAAUACAAUGGACAACUACUGAGCUGCUAUAACAAGAAGUCUAGAUCAUGUGACACAGCCUGUCCCUAUGUCCAGCCUCACAACGGAGCCUAAAUAGAUGUCCUUGGUUGCGCCAGGCAUGCCUGUCUCUCUUCUGCCCAACAGAGUGGGUGAUUUGUACAUCCCUGUAUUGUGACCAUACAUUACAAACCUUCUUCUUCCUCUUUUGACAAAGAUGACAAGCACCAUAGCCCUUAGGCAGUUGAAGUUUAUGAAGUG